UACAACUGGUUAUAUAAAUUUUAACAUAUAUGAAUAUUUUUUUAAGAAAAUAAACAAUCAACACAAUUGUAAAUAGAUUAUAUAAUCUUAUAUAGAAACACAUAAUAUUAUUAUUAACAAAUAUUUAUAAAAACGUAAAAGGUAAUAUAUUUGCGCUUUGGAAGCACAGAUCAAAAUCUAGUUAGACGUUCUUUACCAAUCUUCUCAUUUUCUUUUCAACAUUGAAACUUUCGUUAUAAUAGUAACUAAAUGACAACUGCAUAAGUUACUGUGUAGCUACUAUAUAAUAUCAUUUGUAAAUAAAAAUGAGAUUCAACUCUAUUUUUUUAAGAAAAAAAAGAUGGGAACAAAAACCGAACUUGAAGACAACAUAGUACUGUUAGUUAAUGGAGAUGGGGGAUGAAAAUGAUAUGAAGUGGGAUCAUAAUUGUAGCUUGUGGAGAGAGCACGUCAAGCCAACGCUACUACAGUUAGCAAGAGCAAUAAUUUUGUCUAUUUUUAUGUGUCACCUAAUAAAUAAAUAAAUAAAAGAAAACAUUAAAAAAGAUUCACCAUGAAAAUUGAAGGUGAUUGGUUGCUGGAGCUUGCUAUUAUUAGUUUACAUAACACUUGUAGUUUAGUUGUUCACCCAUCAACACUCUCUUUCUGAAUCUUUCUUUCUUUUUUAGAACCGACAUAGCUCCCAACACAUAGGAAUCUUAAGCUUUCUCUCUCUCACAGUCUCACAGUCCUUGUGUAUCUUUCACCUUAUUUUCAUUAAGACUUUGGACAUUAAGCAUUUAAGCUAUGCAAACUGAGUAUUGCAAGGAGAGAGAGGAGCUUUUCUCGCCUCCACAGGCUUCUUGUUUGUGGAAUAUAGCUUUUGGACCUCCGGCGUUGACUCAGGAGAGCCUCUCCUCUGACUCAUUCGCCGGAGUUAAGGUCGUUACUCCAGAGACAGAGUCAGAGCAAGGUGGUGGAAAGAGUUCAAGAGAUCAUGUGUCAAAGCCUCAUGUUGCUUUCGCCAUGCAAUCUUCCUGCUUCGAGUUUGGGUUUGCUCAGCCAACGAUCUACAAAAAGCAUCCUGACCAUGUUGGCCAGUACUAUGGAGUUAUUUCAGGAUAUGGAUCUCAGAUAUCACCAAACCGAGUCAUGCUGCCUCUAAAGAUGGAGACAGAAGAAGAUGGUACGAUCUAUGUGAACUCAAAGCAGUACCAUGGAAUCAUCAGGCGACGCCAAUCUCGUGCUAAGGCUCUUCUCAAGAACAAAAUUAACAAUUUCCGUAAGGUAAACCCAUAUAUGCAUCACUCGCGCCAUCUCCAUGCUAUGCGUCGUCCUAGAGGAUCCGGCGGGCGUUUCUUAAACACCAAGAAAGCAGAUGCGGCUUUACAAUCUAAGCCAAGCAAUCCUCAGAGUUUUGAAGUCUUUCAUGCCAAAAUUAGGACCAUGACCUCAUCGAUGGAAACAUAUGGACCAAAUGUCUCAAGUUCAGAUGUUACAAGUAUGAAUCACUUUCUAAGUUCGUCGGUUCAUUCUAUUGGUGGUAAUAUGGUCAUGCCUAGCAAGUGGAUUGCAGAAGCAAUGGAUAUUGGCUGCUGCAAACUCAAAACCUGAUAAGCAAAUGGGGACAAGACAGGACCUUGUGGUCUCGUGUCUUGUCCCUUAUGUUUCAGCCAAACGAAGAAGAGAUAGUUCUUGUCCCAAAAAGGGACAAUGAGAUUUGGUUUGGCUGUAAACAGGCAACUCAUCUUUGGCUCAUCCUUUCAUUAAAGUUUGUUUACUUCGUCUGUUUUUUUUAUACGCAUCUUCAAGACUGGUGAGUAAACCAUGGUUUAGCUUCAAUUUCAAGUAGAACUACUGAAGAAACAAUGAUUGGUUUGCUACUACUACCCUCUUGUUCAUACCAUCGUGUGUGUUUGUGGGGUAAAAAUACUCAGUUGCCAGAUUAAUAAUGUUGUAUUGUGUGCA